AGUCGUGAGCCUCCUUUCUCUUCUCUCUAACCCGGGCUUCUCACUUUAACCUGCAGAAUGCUCUUGAGGUAGUAGACUUACAACUUGAAAAUGUAUUUAAAAGACUUGCCCCAUACAGUCAACGUGGCUAAAAGGGUCUUUAAAAGGCGGUAUGGUUGAGGGGCGCCUCACGCAGGAAAAGGGAAGAAAUGGAAGCGUCUUCUGGGCAUGGUAGUUUUCCGCUGCUUUCCUUAGCCGAGACUACUUGUCCCAAGAUGCAGUUCCGGGCCUCCGGUUCCCUAGUUACUGUCUCCAAGCACAGGUUCCGGAGUUUGGAGGAAGGGAUUGAGGCUUGCAGCCAUGCCACCAUGUCGUCCAGAGCACUGGGCGGAGCUCUUUAUAUAGAGUCAAUAACAACGUAUUGCCCACACGUGAGUAGUGAGCCAGCCAACCAGGGCCAGGUUUUUAUCACAGUUUUAGCUUUUUUGCAAAAGCAAGUCAAGACUUAACUUCUCUCUGGUGAACCAGUGUGCAGAUUGUGAGAAAUGUCAGUCCAAGAAAUAAAUAAAUAUGCAGUUAUCCCUCCUAUCAUUAGUAAAAGUGACAAAGAAUUUUUGGAAAGUAUGCACAAAUACAUAAUUACAGAAACUGAAAAAGUGGGCUGUAAUGAGGAAGGACCUGCUGAUGAAUAUUACAUCAUAUACCGAAAUGUUUUUGAUAAGGUAAUAGAGUAUGUCGCUGCAUACAAAUCCAUUCUUACUUCAAUCAAAAAAGAAUAUGAUGCUUUUAUUGAAACAAUAAAGAAAGGCCAAAGAACUGCAUUUAAUCUUCAUGGCAAACUUAAAGUUUUGGCAGCAGAGCCCACAGCAUUGGUAUAUCACAGGAAAAGAACAAUCCAACUUGAAACAAAAAUGAGGAUUAUUGAAAAUAAUUCCUCAAAGAUCCAAUUGCAAAUAGACAAAAUGAAACAACUCAGGGCAGAGCAUGACAUGAAAGAAAUAAAAUACUGUACUUUCUUCAAAGAUCCUUCAAAACCUAUUCCAGGCAUGACACUCCAAGAAUCUGUCAAUUUAGAUGCUCUCACUAAAUACCUGAAACACCUUGAAGAUAAAUAUGCAGAAGUUAAGCAACUUAUGUUGAAAAAAUACAUACCAGCUCAGAGGAAGGUGGAUUUAGAUGAAGAAAUGGUUGUGACAGUAAAACAGCGAGAUUUAGCUGAAAAUCUGAACAAAGAUUUACAGUUUCGUCAUAAAAGGCUGCAGAUUAUUUCUUAUGCAUUUACUUCAUGGGUAAAGUCUGAUAAGAGCAGCUCAUUUCAAGACUUCGUGAAGCAGAUUCUGAAAACUAAAGAUUUACAUGAUGACCAAGGUAUUGUUGAGGGACUGUUUGAAGAUGAUCCAGGCAAGGCAAAAGAAGCUGAAGUUUUGCUUUGCUACAUUGAAAGGUUCAAUGAAUUGAUUGCACUUGGUGAGUAUGAAAAGGCAGCUGGUUUUGCAGCAAACAGUCCUAGAAGAAUUCUUCAAAACAUUGGGACAGUGAAUAAAUUUAAAGCUGUUGGAAAAAUUAAAGGAAAGCCUUUUCCAUUACUCUUAUUUUUUGAGGCUGUAUUUGGCACAAGUCAUGCUUUUAGACAGCCUAUUGAUGCAGAAUUAACCCUGGAAGGAAUCAAAUGUGGAUUAUCUGAAAAACGUUUAGAUUUAGUUAUCCAUUGGGUCACCCAGGAAAGGCUGACAUUUUCUAAGGAGGCUGGGGAUGUGCUUUGUGAUUAUGGUGAGCAUAAUACUUAUUACAAGCCCAAGUGCCUGGCUUUAGCACAGAUUAUCUACAGUGAAUGUGGCCUGUAUAAGAAAGUUCUUCUUUGCCUGUGUAAACAGGGCCAGAUUCAGGGGGCCUUAGACUACAUACAGCAAUUCAAGGACUUCACUUCCAAUGACCUGAUGGAACUAAUAAAGUUAUGUCCCCACACUGAAUUAAUUCAAUGUCUCACUAAAGAAUGGAAUGGGAAACCACCAUCUUUAUCUUUUGGUCUUGUUGUACUUCACCUGUUCUCUGCAGAUAUGGAAAAAGUUGGCAUUAAGCUACUUCAGGAAAUAAAUAAAGGUGGGAAAGAUGCAAUUGAACAUCUUAUGAUAAAUGAUCCAUUUUGCUCCCUAGAAAGCUGGCAAGAGAUGGCAAAUAUAUGUUUACAGAAUGGCUUUGACAAAUUAUCUAAUGAUAUCAUGUCCGUUCUUCGAUCUCAGGCUGGAGUUAUAGAAAUUUCUGAAGAGGAUGAUACAGUCAAUUUAAUGCAACAUGUUUUUUGGUAGUUCUAUGUUUUAUCCAUUUGAGGGGGCUUGUACAACAUUUUGUGAUGUUGCUUGGACAAACUGAUUUUGGCAUAACAUAAAUAAAUUGAGUGUGAAGCUCUCAUAAAUAAAUCAUAUUUCUUUUG